AUGGCUGUAUGUAAGACGUUCUACGACCUGACAGCAAAGCUCCUUACAGGAGAAUUGUUUAAUUUCUCGUCUCUUCAAGGUAAAGUGGUGCUGAUCGAGAAUGUCGCGUCUCUCUGAGGCACGACCACCAGGGAUUACACCCAGAUGAACGAGCUCCAUGAACGGUACACCGACAAGGGGCUCGUGAUUCUGGGUGUGCCCUGUAAUCAAUUCGGACAUCAGGUAAGAGGGGAUACAUUUUCUUAUCAUUCUAAAUAUGUUGUCCCCCCCCCUGUCCCCCCCCCCCCAUUCUGUUUUGAGAAGAGCAAAAACAAGCAAAAAUGACCCAGCCAUUAUCACUUUGGUUGCUGUAGCUGAGAGGCAAUUUUAUAAGUAAUUUCACAUAAUUUACUCAUUUUGCCAUGGCCUUGUCUCAAUUCCUAAUGAAGGGGAAAGAUGGGCACUAUCAAUAAUGAAAUUAGAUGGUGUCCAUCCAAUUUUAUUGAGGGUUCUACCUAUGGCUUUUGACAAUGGACUCAACUUGAUAUUAGGCCACUUUUGAGAUCAAACAUCUAACAAACUUUUGCUGUACAUGUUACAUAUUCUUCCCAUCUACUCCUGCAGGAGAACUGCAAGAACGAAGAGAUCCUGAUGUCCUUAAAGUAUGUCCGUCCGGGAAAUGGCUUUGAGCCGAAGUUCCAGCUCCUUGAGAAGGUGGAUGUGAAUGGGAAGGACGCCCACCCCCUGUUUGUGUACCUCAAGGAGAAGCUGCCAUUCCCAAGCGACGAGCCCAUGGCCUUAAUGAACGACCCCAAGUGCAUCAUCUGGAGUCCCAUCUGCAGGACUGACAUCGCCUGGAACUUUGAGAAGUUCCUCAUUGGGCCAGAUGGAGAGCCAUUCAAGCGUUAUGGCAGGAGAUUCCUGACCAGCAACAUUGAGGGUGACAUCAAGGAGCUUCUCAAUAGGGCAAACUAA